UCCGGCGUUGUCCCCUGUUGCUAGUUUCGCCGCCGCUGGUGUUCGGUGCGAGCACUUUGAAGGCAGCACUCGCGCCUCAGAGACCCCCGGUGGGGGAAGCGCAGGGACCCUCGCCGCGCCUUUGCUUGCGCGGUGACCCCGGGACAGGACCCCCUUUUCCUGAGGCUCGCUGUCGCCCCCUGAGGACGUCCCGAGGCGGCUCCCAGCCCUCGGCACAUUUUCCUCAGUCGGCCGCAGGCUCCUGCGCGCUGGGCGAGGUGGCGGCUCCGGAUCUCAGCUGCGUCUGCUGAAACCCUCCGCCCACAGGUUCCAAUGGCAGAGGAGUCGCAGGGCCUGGUGACCUUUGAGGAUGUGGCUGUGUAUUUCUCCCGAGAAGAGUGGGGGCUCCUUAAUUUGACCCAGAGGAGCCUGUACCGUGAUGUUAUGCUGGAGAACUUUGCACUCAUUGGCUCACUGGGUUGUCUGUGUAGACUGCGGGAUGAGGAAGCCCCUUCCGAGCAGGUGAAGAGCUGCAGAGUCCACCUGUCAGAGAAGCCCUUUCUGUGCAGGUCAUCUGGGAAGGACAUCCCUGCUGCCUUAGGCUUUCUGCAGUCCCAGGCCACCCACAGAGAGGGGAUGCCACGCAGGAGCACCGAGUGCAAGGAGGCCUUCCCACUCGGCUUCACUCACCAGCAACAGCAGGGAGGUCACUCCGCACAGAAGCCCUUCAGGUGCAGUGACUGCGGGCAAGCCUUCCUGAAGGCCUUCAUGCUCCUUGACCACCUCAUCACUCAUGCCAAAGAGAGACCCUUCAUGUGUGGAAAUGUCACCAAGAAAUCAACCCUGGUUCAUCCCCAAAGAACUCACACUGGGGAAACAUCCCAUGUGUGUAGUGAGUGUGGGAAGGCCUUCAGUUACCCAUCUAAACUGAGGAAGCACCAGAAGGUUCACACUGGCAUAAAACCUUUCAAGUGUGGUGAGUGCGGGAAAACCUUCAACCGCAAAGAUGCACUUGUUCUGCACCAGAGAGUUCACACUGGAGAGAGGCCUUACAAGUGCAGCGAGUGUGGGAAGUCCUUCAGUGUUUUGUCUACCCUCAUUCGGCACCGGAAAGUUCACAUUGGAGAAAGGCCCUAUGAGUGCAGGGAAUGUGGGAAGUUCUUCAAAUACAACCAUAGCUUCAUUCUUCACCAGAGAGUUCAUACUGGAGAAAGGCCUUAUGAGUGCAAGCAGUGUGGGAAAACAUAUGUGACCCGCUCUGGGCUGUAUCAGCACUGGAAAGUCCACACUGGAGAACGUCCAUACGAGUGUAGCCUGUGUGGGAAAACCUUCACUACCAGGUCCUACCGCAAUCGGCACCAGCAGUUUCACACUGAAGAGAGGUCCUAUGAAUGUACAGAAUGUGGGAAAGCCUUCAAACAUAGUUCUACCCUCCUUCAGCACAAGAAAGUCCACACUGGAGGAAGGCCAUAGGAGGACAGGGACGUGAGAAAACCUUUAGCUAUGGCUGGCACCUUGUUCAACAUGAAAGGUAUCACUGCAGAAAGGAGACUGAGGAGAGAAGCUAUUUGAAAGCUAAACACAUCACACCUAGCACCCACACUGGGCUGGUACCAGGUACGUGGGAAGGUUUUGGGAGCUACGUUGCACUCUGACCUACCCAGGCUGUUGGCAGUGUUGAGUCUGCCAGUUUCUGUGACAGAAGCCAUCCUACCUCUACCACUUGGCAGGUCCCUGUGGUGUGCAUCCGUCAUCCUGUAUGCUCAGGGAAGCUGACCUCUGUGCUCCCCACUUGAUAAAGGAGAGAAUCAUGAGUCGUGGAGACCAUAAUGGGUCUUAUUCCCUCCCCCUGUCUGGUUUAGGUGUGCACAUGACUUAGUUCUGGCCAAGAGUAGCUGAGCAGUGUCUGCUAGGGGCUUCCAGGGAAGGUUAACCAUUUUCAUGGACACUGUUGACACUAUAUUUGGUCCCUGCUAUGCAUUUAUCCAACCCUGGAACUGAUUCACAUUGCUCUGGCAUGUCUGGUAAUAAAGGCUUUUUUGUUUAAAUCACCCUUGGUCUUUGGGAUAUGUGUGUGGAAGGACUGAGAACAAAAUUGGGCUCAUGAAUAGAGGGAAUGGUUUCUGUGGGGGUCCCUGAAUUUUGUCUGCCUCAGUGGGGACAGCUCCAGUCAAGGUUGGUCUAAUUUGCACUGGUGCCUGAGACCUCCAGGGAAAGAUUAAAGGGCUCUGUGGGUGACUCUUCAGCCUGGAUGUCAGGUUUACUUGUGGAUUUAGAGCUCACUUGAAGAAUGGGGUGGUCGGUUUAAGAUCCCUGUGUGACUAGGGACUAGCACCAGCUGGGUUCCUUGUUCCCCGGGAAUGUUCUGCAACCUCCAGCAUUGGUCAGAAGAAGCUGUUUCCAGAAUCAGCUCAGAAGCCAUGCUGUCUGAAAUUGAGAAUGUGGAGGUAAGUUCUAGACUGGCUGUUAAGUCCUAUAGGGACCUACUGAAAAGAGUAAGUAGGCACAGAAGCACUGAAGGAAGUCAUGCGGAGCGGGGAGUCUGGUAAAGGACUUGAGCUCAUUCUAAAGAGGCAUCCAGAAAUGUUCCAGGAACCACGGUUUCACAAGGUGAGGCAUGCAGAAUUUCUCAGGAAUUGUAAACCUGUUCUGUGUGUCCAAGGUCACUGUCAGCAAAUAAUCUAUAGGUUUCCUGGAUUCUCAUAGCCUUUCUGGGCAUGUUUACCUCCUGGCCAUCGCCCUGGGAUUGAGAAGCUCCUGUAGUCCUAGGAUGUGGCUUCUGUGACCCAGCCAGUGUUGCUGGUGUGUCUGUAUACUACAACCUUGGCUGUUUUUGCUGCCGCUGUCCCACGGCUCCAGGGAAAGAAGUGGUUGAAUCAACAU